AUGGCAACUUUAAACGAAAAGAAGACCUGCAGUGAACGGAUGGAAAAUUUCCGUCGUUUUGUCUGGAAUCCCGAAACGAAGCUGUUCAUGGGAAGGACCUUGAUAAACUGGGUGUGGAUCAGCCUGUACUACCUGGCCUUCUACGUGGUGAUGACCGGGCUGUUCGCGCUCUCCAUAUAUUCCUUAAUGAGAACGGUGAACCCCUACGAGCCGGACUAUCAAGACCAACUGAAGUCCCCAGGUGUAACGUUACGCCCGGACGUCUACGGGGACAGAGGACUACAAAUCUACUACAACACAUCUGAAAACAAAACCUGGGAGCGACUGGUGACGACCCUUCAAACCUUUCUGACAGCAUAUACCCCUGCUGCUCAGCAUCUGAACAUCAACUGCACAGGUGACAAGUACUUCAUCCAGGACACCUUUGAUGGCCCAAAUAACACAAAGCUGUCCUGCAAAUUUACAUCAGAUAUGCUUCAGAACUGCUCUGGCAUCGCAGAUCCUACUUUUGGAUUCCCAGAAGGAAAACCUUGCUUUAUUAUAAAAAUGAACAGGAUUAUCAAGUUUUACCCCGGUAACGGCACUGCACCGAGAGUGGACUGCACAUACGUAGGCGAUGAGUCUCGCCCGCUGGAGGUGGACUACUACCCAGUGAACGGCACCUUCAACCUGCACUACUUCCCUUACUAUGGAAAAAAGGCACAGCCUACUUACAGCAAUCCUUUGGUAGCUGUGAAAUUCCUCAACAUUACAAGGAACGUAGAACUCAAAAUAGUGUGCAAAAUCAUUGGAGCUGGGAUUACCUUUGAUAACGUUCAUGAUCCGUACGAAGGAAAAGUGGAAUUUAAAUUGAAAAUAGAAGACUAA